AUGGUGUUGCACAACCCUAACAACUGGCACUGGGUGAACAAGGACGUGUCGGCGUGGGCGACUGAAUGGUUUGAGCAGAACCUGACGAAGCUGCACGCGGAGGAGGGGGAUACAAAGGCCAGAAUAUCCAAGGUGGUCAGCUCCACGGGCGACGUGGACGUGAGUCAGAGGAAGGGAAAGGUUAUCACGAUCUAUGACGUGAAAUUAGUGCUGGAAUACACAGGUAAUGACACGAUGCCUCUCGAAGAAAAUGUCCCCAGCAUUGCCAAAGGGUCCACUGCGGAAGAAGAUGACGUAAGCGGGUCGAUAACGAUCCCGGAGGUGGCCCACGACACGGAAGAGGAUGAGUUCGUGUUCGAGAUUGACAUCUACUCGGACAGCAAAGGGAAGCAACCGGUGAAGGAGCUGGUGCGGACGCAGCUGUUCCCGCAGCUGCGCAAGGAGUUCCUAAAGCUGCCGGCAGCGCUGAUCGCGGAACACGGGGCGGGCAUCCAGCACGCCCCUGGCGAAGACCCUUCGACCAAAUUCCCGCCGAUGAAGUAUCUUCCCAACACGACAGCGGCGAAGCGCGCAGAGACGACUAAGCAGACCGAGGCUAGCUCGGAGGUGCACGUGGUUAACACGACGACGGUGACGGAUUCAGAAGAGUUCCGGACGACGGCGGCAGAGCUGUACCAGACGUUUACGGAUCCGCAGCGGAUUGCGGCGUUCACACGGGCGGCGCCGCGGCUGUUUGAGGGCGCCAAGAAGGGCGGCAAGUUUCAGCUGUUUGACGGCAACGUGGACGGCGAAUACCUGGAGCUGACGGAGCCGACGCACAUUGUGCAGAGCUGGCGGCUAAAGCAGUGGCCGACGGGCCACUACUCGAAGCUGCAAAUCGACUUUGACCAGAACGACGUCGACAGCGUAACAGUGAUGCGUGUCGAAUGGACGGGCGUGCCAAUUGGCCAGGAGGAGGUGACGCGGCGCAACUGGAGCGAGUAUUACGUGCGCAGCAUCAAGCUGACAUUUGGGUGA